ACUUCCUCAAACUCCUCCCUGGUUUCGGUUCGGUUUCUGUUCCAGCAGCUUCAUCUUCCAGAGAAAUGCCGCGCAGCAUUAAGCAGCUUCUAGCUGAAACCCUGGAGGACCUGAGCAAGGAGAACCUGGACAAGUUUGUCUUCCAGCUGCUGGACCGCCGCCAGGAGCCGCAGGUCAGACGCUGCAGGGUGGAGGGGAAGAGCCGCCUGGAGAUCGUAGAUGUUCUGGUCUCCACCUUCACGGAGGACCAGGCUGUGCACGUCACCGAGGAGAUCCUGAGGAGCAUCGGCUGCAACCAGCAGGCGGAGAAACUCUUUCUCCAGAACCUCAACCCUUUAACUGUCGCCCCAAAUACUGUCACAAGCAGGUCAAUGGGUCAAUCGGACACAGGAACUGAGGAAGUCCAGAAGAACCUGGACUUCGGCUCAGUGGGGAACAAUGGAGGCGAAAUGCCUCCAAAAACUGCCAAAAAGAUUUUAAGUAACAAACUGGAGGAUCUGUCCACCGAAAACUUUAAGAAGUUCCGAAUAGAGCUGGUGGACCGGAAGGACGGAGUCAAGAUGAGCCAGGUGGAGGACAAGGACUACAUGAAGGUUUCUGAGGUGAUGAUCAACGUUUACACGGAGAGAAAAGCUCUGAAGGUGGCGGAGGAAAUCCUCAGAGAGAUCCGCUGCCAGCAGGACGCGGACGAACUGGUUGAAGAGGCUAAAACAGCAGGUUUGUGUUCUGCUGCUGAUGGAUCCAGUGAUGAGGAACACUUCGUGGACAGACACAGGGAUGAGCUGAUCCAGAGAGUCACCGCCGUUCCGCCCAUUUUGGACAAGCUCUUAAAAGCCAAAGUUAUUCAAAAUGAAACUUAUGAUGAGAUAAUGAUGCUGCGGCCCUCCCAGAACCAGAUGAGACGGCUGUACGGAGACGUACAAGGAGCCGGCAGGAACGCAAAGGAUAUCUUCCUCCAAAUCCUGAAGGAGCAGCAACGUUUCCUCAUCGAUGACCUGAUGAAAAAAUAAAUCCUGGAGGAAAAUUAAAUCUAUUUUAAACAGAAUGAAAAAAACACAUUAAACCACUUUUAUUCUAGAAGAAUAAAGAGUUGCUUCAUU